AUGCAAUUACGGAUGCCCCGGCCAACGGGCGGCAACCUGGGGAGGACCAAGAAUAUCAUCCACUUUGUGCAGGGGUUCAUUAUUUUCCUUGCAUGGGCGAUGACGAUCGCGAUCUGGACCAAAGGCGAUGGAAUCGAUGGGCGGACGGCGUGGUACUGGAUCCUGUGUUGGAUCAGUGUCCCCGCUCUAAUUUACCUCGCCGCCGUGCCUAUGUGGCCCCGAGCCCGCCGCUUCGGAAAUGUGUAUGCCUUUGCGACGGUCGACAUUCUCUACGCUAUCUUCUGGUUCAGUGCCUGGGUUUGCCUGGCUUCAUACGUUGCGCAAGGGAAGAGCAUCGGAAAGUCGAGCAGCGAUGAUUCCAGCAGCACGUCCAGCAGCACGUCCAGCGGCAAGUUCCGUCGCGCGGACUCGAGCAGCAAGAAGGGUUGCGAUAACUGGGCGUAUGGUAGUGCCAGCAAGUGCAACCUUAGCACAGCGACCACUAUCAUCGGUGUUAUCGUCUUCAUCCUUUUCGCAAUCACGGCUUGGAUGUCUUUCCGCAAUGUGAUGCACUUCCGUCGCACCGGCACCCUCCCCGACGCUGUGUCCGAUCCUACCUUCGCCGCCCAGAGCAAAGCUGCCUUCUCUUCCAACCCGGCCCACGACUUCGAGGAGGACGAGGAUGACUUCCGCUCUGGGCGCGCCGGCAUGGGAGUGCCAUCCGCCAGUGACCGGGAUGAGGACUACGCCCUGCUGCAGCAGAGCGAGAUAGACGACAUUGGCAAUGCGCACGGCCGGACCGCCAUGCACGGGGCUUACGAUCCCACUGCUCCUGCGCCCGGAGGGGUUCUCCACGACUAUAACAGCACGGGCUACGGCGGUGCUCACGGGCAACACUACGCUCCACCGUCGGAGUUUGGCUCCUCGAUGAGCGGAUAUGGGCGGUAG